AUGCGAUACUGGGAGUCAUGGAUGGACCGCAAGUUAGGCAUCGAAUCCGCCGCGACGGACCGUGUUCUGCCUGAGAACCGCAAUCCACCUAGCCAAAUAGUCAUGGCACUUUUGUGGGCAUCCGGUACAAUGACCCUCAGCUGCUUUGCUUCUGGCUUCUUGGGCCCGCAGAUUUUCGGAUUGGAUCUGAAGCAAUCUAUUCUGAUCACCAUUUUUGGUUCGCUCCUAGGAGGAGCCGUAACGGGUUGGUGCGCAACCAUGGGCCCCGAGACUGGUCUUCGACAAGUUGCCAUUGCACGCUACAGUUUCGGCUUCUAUCCGGCCUCAAUCAUUGCUGCUCUCAACGUCAUUGAGCAACUCGGCUGGUCUUCUGUCGGAUGCAUCACUGGCGGUCUUGCUCUCACGGCUGUAUCUGACGGCCGCGUCUCCCUGGUGCUCGGUGUGGUUAUCAUUGCCGUGGUGGGACUUGUCUUCAGCUUCAUCGGACUGCGAGGCGUGCUUGUGUACGAAAAGUACGCAUGGGCCGUCUUUUUCGUCAUCUUCAUGAUCAUGUACGGCGAAGUUGCGCACUAUGCGGAUCCCAAAUCUUCUGCAACCGUGAGCGGCGCAACCUUUUCGGGAAAUGUCCUGUCCCUACUCGCCAUUGUCUACGGCUCCAGCGCAUCGUGGUCCUCUAUUGCAUGCGAUUAUUAUGUCGAAUAUCCCGUCAACACGCCCAAGGUCAAAAUCUUCCUCUACACCAUGCUUGGCAUUUCUAUCCCGACGUCCAUCGGCAUGGUGCUUGGCUGCUGCGUCGGAACCACCAUGAAUAUCAACAAAGACUGGGCGGACCUGAACGACCAGGGACUCGGGUAUCUUAUCCAAGGCAUUCUAUUUCCUCGAGGUUUCGCCAAGUUCAUUCUUGUCCUGCUCGUCCUCUCCGGCAUCGGCAUGAACUGCAUCGCCAUGUACUCUGGCGCUCUGUCCAUUCAACUCUUUGCCAAACCCCUCCAGGCUGUUCCCCGCUUCUUCUGGACUAUCCUCGUCUUUGUCGGCAUUCUGCUCCUCGGUGUCGCUGGUCGAGAUCACCUCUUGGACGUGCUCGAAAACUUCCUGUCCCUGCUGGGAUACUGGAACACGGCCUUUUUCGUUAUUGUUUUCCUCGAACACUACGUGUUCCGCAAUGGCAACAUUAACAACUAUGACCUCGACGCCUGGGACACGCCUUCUAAGAUGCCCCUUGGCAUUGCUGGUCUCUUCGCCUUUCUGAUCGGUAUCGUCGGCUGCAUCCUCGGCAUGGUCCAGACGUGGUACGUCGGCGUGAUUGCCAAGCACAUUGGCGAAUACGGCGGUGAUAUCGGAAACCAGUUGACGUUUAUUUUUACCAUUGUCACCUUCAUUCCCCUGCGAUACCUCGAGUUGAAGUAUAUCGGUCGGUGA